AUGGAGUGGAGUGGGGCGAGGUAUGACUAGAAUGACAGAGUAACACAAGCGGUCUUGAGAAUACCUCCCUACAAGCAACUUAUUUUUCGUGUUAAACUUUACCCGGUUGCAGACACCACCACAGUAUCAUGGACAUGAAAAUACUGGCUGUUGGGUCACAAAAUUAAAAUCCUGGCAAAAACGUUCAGUGAGCCCUGUGAAGUACUCGGUCCGGCGCAAGCCAGCUAUCACGGAGGAGGAUAAGGGGAUAAUACAAGACAGACAAGAGGCAGUAAGAGGCAGUAAGAGGCA